UCGUCCCGGUCCCGAGGUGUGUAGAGGCUCGCCUCGGCACAUCUGCCGGUCCUUUUCGCAGCGCCAAUUCCAGCUUUCAGACGUCUGUGAUUCCAGCUUUGGUCCCCUGCCGGACUUCACCAUGAAGGAGAGCGAUGUGCAGAUGAUGCUGGCUGCCGACGUGCACCUCGGCACCAAGAACUGCGACUUCCAGAUGGAGCGCUACGUCUGGAAGCGCCGCUCCGAUGGCAUUUUCAUCAUCAACGUGGGCAAGACCUACGAGAAGCUGGAGCUGGCCGCGAGGGUGAUUGCUGCCAUCGAGAACCCGCAGGACAUCAUCGUCCAGUCCGCGAGGCCGUACGGGCAGCGCGCGGUGCUGAAAUUCGCGCAGUACACGGGAUGCCAGGCCAUCGCGGGGAGGCACACGCCCGGUACGUUUACGAAUCAGCUGCAGAACACGUUCAGCGAGCCCAGGCUGCUGAUUUUGACGGACCCCCGCACUGAUCACCAGCCCAUCAUGGAGGCAGCUCUGGGGAACAUUCCCGUGAUCGCGUUCUGUGACACGGACUCUCCGAUGAAGUACGUGGAUAUCGCGAUUCCGGCGAACAACAAGGGCAAGCACAGCAUCGGUGCUCUGUUCUGGCUGCUGGCCCGCAUGGUGUUGCAGAUGCGAGGCACGAUCAGCGCCGCGCACCCAUGGGACGUGAUGGUUGACCUGUUCUUCUACAGGGAGCCCGAUGAAGGCAAGGACCGCGAGGAAGAGGAGGGAGGAGCAGCUGAGUUCGCCGCAGUUGAAUACGCGGCGCCGACGCUUGCUUUGGGAGGGGAUGCCCAGUGGGGUCCCGAGGCCGCUGAGGCCGGGCAAUGGGAGACGGACGCAGCAGCUGGUGCGGUGCCCGCAGGGGCUCCAGCUGGUUGGGACGUGGGAGCCGCUGCUGCGCCAGUUGCUCCCGCAGGUUGGGAUCCCGCCGCGCCUGCUGAGGCUCCCGUCGCACUUGCUGGGUGGGAACCUGCCGCUUAGUUAGAAUUUAAGAGAGGGACGGCUCGAUUGAUGAGAUUGUAUUUGUGUGAACAUGCACUUUGAAUCUAUAUUUUUGCGCAAACAUGGAGA